ACACAUACGCUCACACAAAAAUCAAUUACAUUAUAAAACAACAUUGUUGAGAAUUUUGCAGAAAACAGUUGUAUAGCAACAACAACACAAGCACAAAAGAAAACAGAGAAGAGAAAAGAAGAAGGAAUAAUAAUAAUAAAAAGAAAAAGUAACAAAAAAGAAGAGGUAUGGGUAGAGGGAAGGUGGAGCUGAAGAGGAUUGAGAACAAGAUAAACAGGCAAGUGACGUUUGCAAAGAGAAGAAACGGUUUGCUGAAGAAGGCUUAUGAGCUUUCUAUCCUCUGUGAUGCCGAAGUUGCUCUCAUUAUCUUCUCCAACCGUGGCAAGCUCUAUGAGUUCUGCAGCACUUCUAGCAUGGCGAAGACACUUGAACGGUACCAGAAAUGCAGUUAUGGUGCCUUGGAAGUAAAUCACCAACCUGCUAUGGAGACACAGAGGCGCUAUCAAGAGUAUCUCAAGCUGAAAUCAAAAGUUGAGGCACUACAGAAGACUCAAAGAAAUCUCCUUGGGGAAGAAUUGGAUAACUUAGAUGUUAACGAGCUUGAACGGCUUGAGCGUCAGCUUGACUCCUCGUUGAAGCAAAUUAGGUCUAACAAGACACAACUUUUGCUCGACCAACUCUCGGAUUUGCAAAGAAAGGAAGAGAUGCUGUUGGAAACAAAUAAUGUCCUCCGGAGCAAGUUGGAGGAAAUUAAUAUGGCGAUUCAACCAACAUGGGAAGCUAGGGAGCAAAAUGCUCCCUACAGCCGACACCCUCAGCAAUCAGAGGGAUACUAUGAGACAACACAAUGCAAUAGCACAUUACAAAUCGGAUACGGUUCUUCGGUGACAAAUGAUGCAGUAGGUGGUGCAGGAACAUCAACCCAAAAUGCUAGUGAAUUCAUGCAUGGAUGGAUGGAAGUAUAAUAGAUCAAAUGACCUAAUUUGAUUCAUGAUACUAAGGAGCAAAAAGUGACAUUUUUAGACAUUUUAUGGCCUAGAACAAUAGGCUUUAAUAACAGGUCUUCUCAUGAAACAUAAAACUUACAAUUACAUUUUAUAUGUUUAUAUUCCA